AUGAUUGUUCAUUUAUCCGUUUCUUGUUGCUUUCGCAUACUUCUUGUUGUGGUAUUAUGUCGUAUAUGUGGAUCAGAUAAUAGCAAGGAUGGUGUAUUAUGCAAGGAUUAUGAAAGAGAAGCAUUAUUUGAGUUCAAAAAGGGCCUCAUAGAUAAAGCAGACCGACUUGCUUCUUGGAUCGGUGAAGGGAAUGAUUGUUGCAAUUGGACUGGGAUUGUUUGUGAUCAUAGUACCGGUCAUGUUCACAAGAUCCAUCUUCCAGGUGAAUGUCGUACUAAUGAAUACAACACGGUCUCAGAAUACGAACAAGCCUUGAAGCAAAAACUAGGAGGGGAUUUAAGUCCAUCCCUUGUGAAUCUAACGAAACUCAAACAUCUAGACUUGAGCUGCAAUGAUUUUGGAGAAAUGGAAAUUCCUGGCUUUAUGGGUGCACUUGGAAGUUUGAGAUACCUUAACCUCUCCCGUUCCAGAUUUGGUGGAGAGAUUCCUCCUCAAGUUGGGAAUAUGUCGGAAUUACGCACCCUCUGUCUUGGAAGUUUUUAUGAAGAUGAUAAUGAGGAGUAUGAAACUACUAGCAUCAUGGAUAUUCGCUGGUUGUCAGGUCUCCGUUUGUUGUGUCACCUGGAUUUGAGUCGUGUAGACCUUAGUGAAGCAACUGAUUGGAUUCAGGUAAUCAACACCCUCCCUUCUUUGGUGGAACUACAUUUGUCCAAAAGUCAACUUUUGCAUAUGCAUCCUUACGUUGCUAAUCAAAAUCUUACAUCCCUCUCCUUGCUCGAUAUUUCUGGAAACAGUUUUGAUAAUAAUUAUGUGCUCCAAUGGAUUUUCAGUAUCACUAGUCUAGUUACACUAGACUUGAGCGGAUGUGGUUUUAAAGGCCCUAUUCCUGGUAGUAUUGAUGGUAGUUUUCGUAACUUAACUUCUCUCGAGUCACUUCAUGUCCAUGAGAAUGAUUUCAUGAGUUCUUCAUUAGUAUUAAAAGGGUUGUCUAGUGUGGGUAGUAACCUCAUUUUUUUGGAUAUCAGUUCUUGUGGUGUCUCUAGUUCGGCUCUUGAUUCCCUUCAUAACUUGACUUCCCUUGUUAGCCUUGAUCUUUCAUUCAAUAAACUCAACAAGACAAUACCUGCAUCAUUGGGAAACCUUUGCAAGUUGAGACAUAUUGCUCUAGGAGGUAACUCUUUUCAUGAUAUUAGCUUGACAAGCCUUCUUCAAAGCUUUUUCAAGUGCAAAUCACCGAGAUUGAAGUCUUUAUCCCUCGAGUCUUCGGGACUUUCAAGUCCUCUCCCAAGUCAACUUGGAAAACUUGUUUAUCUGGAGUACCUUCAACUUGGUAAUAAUCAUAUUACUGGUAUUAUUCCAGAUUCAAUAGGAAGAUUAUCUUUUUUGAGGUCAUUAUAUCUUUCUAAGAAUCUUAUAUCAGGUUCAAUUCCAAACUCAGUUGGAGGGUUGUCGUCUUUGGAGGUGUUAGAUCUUUCAUAUAAUCAACUCAACGGCAGCCUUCCUGAUAGCCUUGGCCAACUUUUAAAGUUAAGUUAUUUCGAUUUUUCGUACAACUUUUUAACCGGUGUCGUGACAGACUCUCAUUUUGACAAACUAGCCGGAUUGAAGUACCUAAAUGGUAUAAGCAACCACCUAUCCCUAAGACCGCGCCUUGCCACAUGGGUUCCCUCUUUCCAGCUGCAGUUUUUGUAUUUAAGUUCAUGGGAUUUAGGGCCUGUAAUUCCAUUGUGGCUACAGCUGCAGAAGGAUUUAAUAGACUUGGAUAUAAGCAACACACGUAUUUCAACAACCAUCACCAAGCCGUUUUGGAGCUCAUUGCCCAAUCUAGGAUAUUUAAAUAUGUCACAUAAUCAAAUUCAAGGAAGGUUGUUUGGUAUCACUGCAUCAAUUCAAGUACUCGACUUGAGUUCUAACAAGCUUAGCGGGGAAAUGCCUCCACUCCCAAAUGGUUCAUUGGCAAGAAUCUUUGUUUUGUCAAAUAAUUGCUUUAGGGGAUCACUACAUCAUCUGUUGUGUCCAUAUGAUGAGAAAAGUCUAGAAGUCCUUGACGUGGCGAAUAAUAAUCUAUCAGGUAUCAUUCCUGAUUGCUGGAAAAAAUGGCCGAGUUUGACAUUCUUGAACAUGGAGAACAACAAAUUGUCUGGUGGGAUUCCUAGAACCUUAGGAUCUUUGGCUUUCCUAGCAUCAUUGAAUGUGUGCAACAACAAUCUCUCCGGAAAAUUAACUACUUCUCUAAAGAGCUUGAAGAACUUAGUGAUCCUUCAACUUGCUAGAAACAAACUUGUUGGAGAAAUCCCAGCAUGGCUUGGGACUGAUCUCCUGAGUUUGGUAUUUCUCAACCUCCGAUCAAACAAUUUAACCGGAAAUAUUACUAAUGAGCUUUGCUAUAUUACUGGUAUACAGAUCUUGGAUCUUGCACAUAAUAAGCUAUCGGGAAAUGUUCCAAGAUGCUUCAAAAAUUUCACAAUCCUCUCUGGGAAAGAAAUUACUUCCACUGAUAGAUUUAUUUUCUCACAACCUAGAAACAUCAUUGGCAGUGCAUCUUUAGUUAUAAAGGGACGAGAGGACACCUAUAGUACUAUUCUUGGGCUUGUUAAGAUAUUAGACCUUUCGAGUAACAAUUUUUUUGGGAGCAUCCCAAGCGAGUUAAUGUCACUCCCUGCAUUACAGUCGUUGAACUUGUCAAGGAAUCAAUUGACAGGGGGCAUCCCUGAGAAGAUUGGAGAUCUAAAAUCACUUUCAUCAUUUGAUGUAUCUCUUAAUCGGCUUUCUGGGGAACUUCCUGCUAGUUUGUCAAGCUUGAGUUUCUUGAGUAGCUUCAAUGUGUCAUUUAACAAUUUGACAGGAAGAGUUCCAUCAGGCACACAAUUUCAAACCUUCAACGAGUCAAGCUUCUUUGGAAACAAACUUUGUGGAGAUCCCCUCACUGAACGAUGUGCAAGUGAGGUACCUGAUAAAAAACAAGAAGAAGAAGAUGACGACGACGAAUCUCAUGAAACAAAUUGGGACUUGAUUAUUAGCACAAUGUCUGGCUUCAUAACUGGUUUCUGGCUGGUGGCGGUUCCAUUGAUAGUUAACAAAACAUGGAGAAUUGCAUAUUUCCGUGUCUUGAGUAAUCUAAGGCUUAUGUUUUGCGGGUUGACCCGUACCCGACCCGCACCCAACCCGCUUUGA